CUUUGCUCAGUCGGGCUACUUUCCACACUUCAACCUUACCCUUCAUGCAGCGACUAACGGGUAAGACUCAAAUCAUCCUGUGUACCAGAGUGCUACAGUCGUCUUCAUGCUUAUUGGCGCGACCACGGUUGAGCAUUGAGCCCUUCCGUCCACCUCAGACGCCUUCAACUUCGAGGUCUAUUGGUUUUGGUCUUGGGCAAUCAGUGUACGACACCAUUCAAGACCUCACGGCGACCAAGGAACGGCCAAAAGAAACGAAAGAAGAGACUGAGAAGGCAAAAUUAGCACAGAAAAAGCGGGGCGAUGAUAACUUGUUCGAUUCUCUCGACGACGAUUUCGUGCAGGAGGUCAACAGAGCAAAAGCAUUGGCAGGCCCAAAGAUCAAUCCCAAAACUGGGAAACUGUACACUGAGCAUAAAUACUCGACGGCGUCCUUCAAAAUGUCUCAUCGGAAACUUAAUGAUCUUGGUCGUCAGAUUGCAGGGAAACCGAUCGACGCAGCCAUCCUUCAAAUGGAAUUCAGCGAGAAACGUGCAAGCACACGAAUUAAAAACAUGCUUUGUGUCGCUCGUGACCAUGCACAGUUUUUAAAAGGGUUAAACCGCUCAAAGUUGAUUGUAGCGGAAGCCUGGGUUGAGAAAGGCCCAAAAUUGAAACGGAUAGACAUCAAAGGGCGGGGGCGGUCAGGUAUCAAAGAACAUCCCAAAUCACGACUCAGGGUGAUUUUACGCGAAGGCAAACCACUGAAGGAGAAGGCAAAGGAGGUCAUGGAAUAUAAGCUGAAUAAGGUGCGGUCAGCAGGCUUGAUGAGAGAGUACACACCAAUACGGAAUCCCGGUCCGCAAUGGGCAUGGUGAGAGGUGUGCCCCGAGGGGUAGAGCUUAGAUGAAAUUUAUCGCUCAGCGUAUACUGCUCCUCUCGGAGCGGUGGAGGCUGCAGCGAAGCGAAUAGGUGUUCUUCUCAGCACACACAAGUGGCGCGAAUUGGGGGCGAACGUGUUUCUGGCCUUGACACUACAUGAUCCACGCGGCCCCCUAGACACUUCAAAGUUGUACACAGAGCCGUCAAAAUAAACUGCUUCUACAGAUACAUACAAAAACCCGGAUCGGGAGAGCUGCGCACGUGCCUUGGUUACAUCAGCAGCCAAACAUUUCCCAGACAUCGACGACCAUGUCAACAACACCGUUCACCGCUGCGCACAGGUUCCAUGUCAAGUCAUUAUACAGGCGCUUAUUGAAGAACUCCCUUGAUUGGACUAUUCGGAGGGACAUUUGGAGACAGCAGGCUUUAGAAAUCCGUUCCGAAUUCGAGCG